CCAGCGCGGUGGACGGGGAACGGGUGUCGGUGCCGAAGGAUCUGCGGGAUCCGCCGAAGGACGAUCCCAAUCAUCCCGUCAAGACGCCGGUGUGGGAGGAAAUGCUGGAGGAAUCGAAGCGGCGCUAUGAAAAUUACAAGGAAGAAAUUCAAGCAAAGGUCAGGAAAGGCGGCUCGGUUGAGCUGCGAGUCGCUCAGCCUGGAAACGGUGCAGGAUAUUGUGGCCUCCGGCCGACAUGAACAUGAGCGACUACCGUCUGAUGCUGCUGAUCAGCAACUGGUGGAGCCGGCACAAAAAUAACUACAACCGGGAUGAUCUGGACGCCCUGAUCCGGCAAAUCGACUUCCGGCGCUUUAAUUUCGCCCAGCGUCACGUGGCGCAGUGGCUGGGCGUCCCGAAGAAGAUCCUGGUCAACGCGCUGAACCGCUCGGACAUCAUCACGCCGAAACAGCUGCAGCAGGUGUAUCUGGACGUGGAGGAGCGGCAUUGGAAGCUGUUCUAUUCCUACUCGGUCUUGCACUACACCGGAUUCGACAACACCUUCAUGAAACACUUGUGCGACGCAUUAAGCAACUACACAAAAUCAUUAAUCGUCUUCCAGUACUCGGACCACUUCAGCGUCGCCGUCUACUUCCCCAAACCGUUAAAAGUCGGCGAAGCCAACACGGAUCUCGGGGAAAUCGUGUACUUCGGUUUAUUCAACGGGUGUGUGGAGAAACGCUUCCUCCCGAAAGACAUGACGGUGUUUCUGGCGGAAGAGCGUUUCCAGAUGUACUGGAAGAAGGAAGAAGGCAAUACCUUCAUCUGGCUGAAAGGGCAACCGGCCAAUCACAUCAGCCGGAACCCGAAGAAGGAGCGGGUGGGAAACGGCGGGAAGAGGGUGGCGGAAGCGCCACCCCCCGCCGGGGAGCAGUGCCAGGCGUUGGGGUUGCCGGUGGAUGUGCUGGAGAUGGACUAUGAGAUCAAGUUCAGUAUUGCGGUGCGGGAGCGGCGCUGGUUCUCGGAGGUGUACACGAAGAAUAUGGAUCGCAUCCAGAAACAACGCUUAAUAGGUGUGGAGAUUUACGUUAUCGGCAGCGUGGACGACGCCGCCAGCCCCGUUCACCGGCGCACCGUGCCCAAUUUAAUCCCGCUGUCCCUGGGGAACACGGCCAUUCCCGUGCACCGGAUCGGUGUGCCGGAUGUGGAUGAUUUCGUCGCGCCGGAUUUCGACAAUCCCUCGCAACAACACCGGGAUGUAGUGGCGCAGCUCAAGCGAUUUCGAGAUGACGGGGUGAUUGCGGUGGAGAAGAACGCGGACAGCUUCAUGCCGUUGAUCCGCGUCAUCCACUAUUACAGCCAGACGGAGACGAAUUGGUGCUGCAAUUUCGUCCAGACAAUUCUGGAUAAAUACGGCCGGAAUAUCGGCGCCGAUUCAGAAGUCUUGCAGAUUUUGCUGUAUAUUCCGCGGAUGGCCGGCCAGUUCGCCCGGCAUCUGGAAGAUAUGCCUCCCGCCGUGUGUCGGAAGUUGUUAUGUGCGCUAUUGCGCAGCAGCGAAACCCUGCCUACCAGCCACAUCCUGCAGGAAGCCAAGGGACGCAAAAUCCAAGACGAAGACAUCAACGACGAUCAGGAAAACACGGCAGCAGCUGAACCGGAAAAGGCGGCGAAAAAAGACGCGGGAUUCUGGAGCCGGCGUCCGCCCCAGCGGAGCGGUCCGUUAGCGUACAGUCUGCAAAUCCCGUUGGGCGCCGACUCCACCGGAAAAAAAGAAGCCGACGCCGGCGGAUUACUCGACCGGAUGAAAGCGGAAGCCGACAGCGUGUUCAACGCCGAAAAUUACUGUGAUCUGUUGAAAGCCAGUGUGAUGGUCUUAGAUCCCAGUUUCGGCGUGGAAUUCAACGAUCUCCUGUUCAAUAACGAGGAGCGGUUGGUGGCGGAGGAUUACCUGAAGCGGUUGGGGUAUUUGUUGUGCCGGGAUUUAUUGGGGGAACGCAUUGAUAACCAGAUGAAGCGGAAUAAGAAACGCCAGUUCCGGAUUAAAUUGGUGGAGAAUACGAGCAAGGAGGCGGAUGAGAAUGUGGACAACGAGAAAAAGAAGAAAAUCAAAUUCAACUACCGGGCGCAGAACAUCGCCGAGCGUCCGCGCGUCGGCGACAUGGUCCUCUUCACGCGCAUGAACAAGCCGAAACCCACCGAAAUCACCGAGACAAAAAACCUCGACGCCGAAUUCCCCGCCCUGGGAAAAAUACCCGCAAAACCGACACCCAAACCCAGAACCCCGGUCAUUCCCGUCACAAAUUCCGACACGGGUCCGGUGGUGUGUGUGGGCGUGGUCAAGGACAUUUCGCCCGACAUCCUCGUCCACUUUGACGCCGCCCCGCCCCCCGAGGUGGAGCUGGCGACGUGGGAGAUGGAGGUGCUGGGCAACUUGACCACCUUCAAGCAUUGCGUGGACGCCGUGGCCACGUUCGUCGCGCAGAAAGAGAACGGGACGUUGGCGUUUCAUGCCAUCAUGGGAUUGGUGUUUGAGGAAAUCGUUGGUGAUGGGAAUAAGAAAGUGGAGGGGUUUUUUGAGGGCUUGAAUGAGUCGCAGAAGGAGGCGGUGCGGAUGGCUUAUGCAAGGAAGAUUACGCUCGUCCAGGGACCCCCCGGCACCGGAAAAACGCACACCAUCGCGCGGAUGCUGCAAGCGCUGAUGGAUCAGUACGGAAAGUGCCGGGUGCUGGCCGUGGCCUCCACAAACACUGCGGCCGACAACAUCCUGCGCGGCAUCGUCCACUUAAAAGCCCGGCAAUUAGGCGGUGAGGAUUUUAAACCGGUGCGCGUGGGCGAUAAAUCGGCGGUGUCGAAGGAUCUGCACCGGUACACGCUGGCGGAUCUGGCGGAAGGGAAGACGCGCAACGAGAAGAAGAAGAGCGCGGAGAAAGCCGUGGCAGCGGCCGAUCUCAUCGUCGGCACGUGCGUCGGCGCCGGGCUGGCUGAUUUGAAGGAUGUCGCCUUCGAUGUCGUCGUCAUCGACGAAGCCUCACAGGUGACGGAGCCGUGCGCGCUGAUCGCUAUCGUCAAAGCCGCGCGGGUCGUCUUAGUGGGCGACCACCAGCAACUGCCGCCGCAGGUGCAUGAGCUAGCCAAAUCCGGCGUCCCCGGUCUGGAUCUGAGCGUGUCGCUCUUCGACCGGCUGGCGCAUUCCGAGACCAUCCAAGUGCAGAUGCUGGACGAGCACUACCGCUGCCAUCCGUUUAUCAUUGACUUCUGCUCGCAGGAAUUUUAUAACGGCCGAUUACGUGCGAAAGUGCGGCCGGCGGAGCGCCCCCUGCCGCUAGGAUUCGAGUGGCCCCAUCCGGAAAAACCCGUGGUGCUGAUUGAUGUCCAAGGCGAGGAGAAGCAGAAGAGCGGGGGGUCCAAGUGGAAUGUGGCGGAGGCCAAUGUAGUCGUCGCGGUGGUGAAGCAGCUGUUGAUGGUGGACGCGGAGGAGCAGCGCGGCGCGGUCAAAGCCAAGGAGAUCGGCCUGGUCAGCGCCUACCGCGACCAGAUUGACUGCCUGAAGAAUAAGGUCACGAUCUCGCCGAAAUUGAAGGCUUUCGCCAAGGACAUCGAGAUCGUCACCGUCGACGGCUUCCAGGGUCGGGAGAAGGAGGUGAUUAUUUUCUCGGCGGUGCGCAGCCGCGACGACGGAGAAAUCGGUUUCUUGAAGGAUCGGCGCCGGUUUAACGUGCUGAUGACGCGCGCCAAACGCGGCAUGAUCGUCGUGGCCAGUCGCGCUACACUGCGCGCCUCCGGUGAUCCCCUGUGGAAGAAGUGGCUCGACUACGUCGAGCAGCAUGAUCUAGUGGUCGACGGACAGAAAUUCGUUGAAAAGCAAGUCGCGCCGGCUAGCUGAAUAUUGCCGGAUUUUUUCCAGUUUUACCUUCUUUUAUUUUGCCUGUAUUUUGUAGUUUUCAUGUAUAUUUUCUUUUAUAUUUUAGUUGGGUUUGUGUACGAGAAAAUUGGAUACUUUUGCAAGGUUUUGGUAGAGUUUGUACUUUUGUAUAUUGUGUGAAUUGUCGGCUGGUUUCUUUUAUUAUUUUUUUCUGGUUCGAAAAUUCGAAAGGGACGGUGAGAGAAUGUGCUGAUGAAUAUGAAGAAAAACUGAAUUAAACAUGAA